AUGGAUAUGAUUGCCAUGAUCAGAAAUAAUUUCACGUUAAUUGGGAACGGAGGCAAAAGAAAUGUUGCCCUUGUGGCUGCUGAUGUUUCCGAACUGGGUUAUAGUUAUGAAGAUAAUUCUGAGGGCUAUAAUUAUACACCACCCAGUGAGGAUGUCAAGAUUUCACAACCAAACCCGCAGAAUACUUAUAACCCACCAAACGAUGAAGUUGAAAAUUUGUCAACUGAAGUUGAGGCAGAAAAUCCAAAUGAUAUUAUGUCUGAUGAAGAAACGGAAACACCAGUAUCACCAUCUGAGGUCUACCUUCCAGUAGAACAUACACAAUUUAAUAGUGAAACCCCGUCUGAGAAUGCAGAAGUGAAACCUGAAACACCAGCUGAGAUCUACCUUCCAGUUCAGCACACACAGUUUACACAACAAAAGACAUCUGUAGAAUAUACUCCUCCAGCAACCAUUAAAACUGAAACAAAGUAUCUUCCACCUACUAAAGAACCUUCCAAGACAUAUAUACCCCCAGUUACAACUGAACCAAUCAAAACUUACAAUAUCCAAACAAUUAAAAAUUAUAAUCCGCCAGCUAAAACAUAUAUUCCUCCGAUAACUACUAAAACUCAGCAGGUUCAUGUGGAAUCCUUUAGAACCCAAAUUCCCACCAUUACAACUAAAACCCAGCAGUUUAACUUGGAAUCAGUUAAAUCUCACAUUCCUUCCAGUAAAACAAACAUUCAGCAAGUUAAUACAUAUACGACUCACGCUCAGGUUGAGCCAAUGCAAAUACAUUUUACUCCAAUCAAAUCUAAUUUUGAAACCGUAAAAGUGGAACAAGUUAAAAGCUAUAGUUCUUCCGGAAAACCCGAGCAAGCUAGGACAUAUAUUCCUCCAGGAAGAGUGGAAACAAUUAGAACAUACAGUUCUCCAAUAAAAACUAAUUUUGGAUCAAUUAAAACCAUUAACCAUCCAACAAACAUUCAGACUGUCAACACCUACACACAUAAAACCAACACCUUUACCACAUCCCAGAAGCCUAUUGGAUCACACGUUUCUACCGUUCAACCAGUUAAAUCCAGUUAUGAGAUUAUACCAGCCAAAGUGGUAUCGGUAAAGACCAAUAUUGUUCCCAUCAUCAAAUCACCUCCAGCUUUCAACUAUAAACCCAAUCCAGUACCGAUCUACAAACCCAAACCAUUUGUGGUCUAUAAGGCACCACCGAGACCUAUCAUUGAAUAUAUACCACCUAAACCAAUUAUAUCUAAUACAUAUUACCAACACCAACAAGUUACGUCUCAACCACAAACAUUUGCACAUAGAAAGCAGACGACAACAACAACAACUCAUGUUAGUAAGAGUUUUACUCCAACAACAAAUGUCCAGCAACGGAUAUAUCUUCCUCCGCAAUCGGUAGCCAGUAAGACAUAUAUUCCACCACCACCUCCUACUCAAUAUAAAUCUGGAUCCGUUUCAUUUAAUAUCCAAAACCCAGCUCCGGUUCGUUCUGUUGUACAGACCCCGAAACCUGUCCACACCUAUAUUCCUCCCCAGCAAUCCACCACCCAUAUCCAUACACAGUCUGUUGUGCAUGGUAAUGGUCAAUUAACCGGUAAUGGUUAUCAUUAUUGA